AAGUUCUAGUCUUGUAGAAGUGUAGAACUCCCUUAUCUCCGGCCGACCCUCCCUUUUCAAAAAAAAAAAACAAAAGACUCUCUCUUCUCACUGCUCCAAUCAACCAUGUCUGUUGCCUGCAAGUUUAUCCCACUCAAUCUCUCAUUUACAAAACCUAACCCUAAAUUUCCAUUUCCGAGUUCUAAACCAUUUCACUCUCAUCAUCCCAAACCUCUCAAAAUCCGAUUCGCCAAGCGCUCUCAACGAACUGGCAAACUGAGGUACCCCUCAGAAAAGAAGAAACUCAAGUUGAAAACAAAGACCCAAAUCGAUAUCGACGACAAAUUCAGAGGCUUUUGGAGGCUAUUUAAGCUUGGAGUCUCUAUCCACAAAGAUCCCGGAAAAGAUUUUCUUGGUGUUUCCGAUGCUCUGCUUGAAGAAAUUGCCAAAGUUCUUGAAUUUCCGGUUGCUUCUAUGCUCCCACCAGAAGCAUUUUUAGUUGUUCGGAAAUCUUUUGACGCGAGGAAGUUUCUGAAGGAGCCCAAAUUUGUAUAUACUGUGGACAUGGAUGUCAAAAAACUCACGAGUCUACAACCUCGAACUUGGGACUUCAUUUUUCAACUAGAGCCCAAAGUUGGGCUUGUAGAGCAUAUACCUCAUGAAAGAGAUUCUGGUGAUGUAAUCAGUAUAAUACACGAGUAUAGAAAGAUAAAUGAAGGUACAAAUUCAAGAGAAGGUGGGCAUCACCUGGGGGAAUCAUUCAAGUAUCCAAUUGGUAAAAAACCAAAAGUUGUGGUUGUUGGUAGUGGACCAUCAGGUUUGUUUGCGUCUCUUGUGCUCGCGGAACUUGGUGCAGAUGUUACCUUAGUGGAAAGAGGUCAAGCAGUUGAACAAAGGGGAAGAGAUAUUGGCGCUUUAGUAGUUCGGCGAGUCCUGGAAUUGGAAAGCAAUUUUUGCUUCGGGGAGGGUGGUGCAGGUACUUGGAGUGAUGGGAAGCUAGUAACUAGAAUUGGGAGGAACACUGAUAGUGUUCUGACAGUUAUGAAAACUUUGGUUCACUUCGGAGCUCCAAAGAAUGUUUUGGUUGAUGGAAAGCCUCAUUUGGGAACAGAUAGAUUGAUUCCACUACUUCGCAACUUUCGACAACAUCUACAAGAAUUGGGCGUUACUAUCAAGUUUGGGACAAGGGUAGAUGAUCUACUUGUAGAGAAUUCAUGUGUUGUUGGAGUUAAAGUUUCUGAUUCAAGAGACAAAUUGCAGCUCAGUAGUCAGAAGUUGGGUUGUGAUGCCGUUGUGCUGGCAGUUGGGCAUUCUGCACGUGAUAUAUAUCAAAUGCUUCUUUCUCAUAAUAUGAAUUUAGUUCCAAAAGAUUUUGCUGUUGGUUUGCGGAUUGAGCAUCCUCAAGAAUUGAUAAACCACAUACAGUACUCUGAAUUAGCCUCCGAGGUUCACAAUGGACGUGGCAAAGUACCAGUCGCUGAUUACAAGGUUGUUGACUAUGUCAAUGGAGACAAUGUGGACAGACUGAUUAAGUCAGGGCCAAUAAAUCGUAGUUGUUAUUCUUUCUGCAUGUGUCCGGGUGGGCAGGUUGUUCUUACUAGUACAAAUCCAUCAGAACUCUGUAUCAAUGGUAUGUCAUUUUCUCGACGCGCGUCUAGGUGGGCAAAUGCAGCACUUGUUGUCACUGUCUCGUCAAAAGAUUUUGAUGCUUUGAAUUUCCAUGGACCUCUUGCUGGGGUUGAAUUCCAGAAAGAAUUUGAGCGAAGAGCAGCUACAAUGGGAGGGGGCAAUUUUGUGGUGCCUGUUCAAACGGUUAAUGAUUAUUUGGAAAACAAGUUGUCAGUAACAUCUGUACCACCAUCAAGCUAUCGGUUAGGAGUGAAGGCAACAAAUCUCCAUGAGUUGUUUCCCAUUCAUAUAACAGAGGCUCUGCAGCAUUCAAUUUUAAUGUUCGACAAAGAGUUACCAGGAUUUCUCUCCAACAAUGCGCUUCUACACGGAGUAGAGACAAGAACCAGUUCUCCAGUCCAGAUUCCCCGCAGCAUUGACACUUACGAGAGCACGUGUUUAAAAGGGCUCUACCCAAUUGGAGAAGGAGCUGGUUAUGCUGGUGGGAUUGUAAGUGCAGCUGUUGAUGGAAUGUACGCUGGUUUUGCUUUGGCAAAAAAUCUGAAUCUAUACGAAGGCAGCAUAGAGUCGGUUUUGGGGAAAUCUCAUAGUGCUGGAUUUGUGAAGUAUUGAAGUCCUUAACGGCCUUUCUUUGUACUUUUGCCACAUGAAUCUGAAGGAAACAAACGUGGUCCCAACCUAUUGUUCAAUGUUGCUUUAAUUUUUUUAUUUGGACUCCUAAUUUUGUAUUGACAACCUGUAGAAGUGUAUGUAAUAUCUGUAAUCCCAAUGAAAAACCACAGAAGAAUCAUAUUGGUAGUAUUGAAAUUUGUUUUCAUCGUUGUUA